UCUCUCUCUCUCUCUCUCUGAAAGAGAAAAUGUCAAGCAUAUUCUGGAAAAACUUCUACAUCUGCUUCUCAAAAUUCAAGUGCCCCUUACAAGAAGAAGAUCACAACCAUCCAUCACCCACCACAUCAUCAUCAACCCUAAUCAACACCUUCAAUUCUCUCAACCACCUCACCUCCACCUCCACCUCCACCACGACCACCACCAUCUCCUCCGAUGACUUCUUCUCUUCCUCCUCCGACUCCGACACCGCUGACUUCGCCGCCAUCUUUGCCUCCCAACGCUUCUUCUUCCCCUCCCCUGGCCUCUCUAACUCCAUCAUCGACUCGCCGGAAAACUCUCCUCCACCACCACCACCACAGUCCUCCUCCUCCGAUACCAUAGUCGCCGGAAGUGUCGCCAUUCGAACCUACUCGCCGGACCCGUAUUCGGAUUUCCGACAAUCAAUGCAGGAGAUGAUUGAAGCUCGUCAAUUAAUGGAUUUAAGGGCCGAUUGGGAUUAUCUUCAUGAACUUCUCUUGUGUUAUCUAACACUAAACCCUAAACACACCCACAAGUUCAUUAUCAGUGCUUUUUCUGAUCUUCUCAUUUCGCUUGUGUCGUCGACAACCACCGACCACAGUCGCCGGAAAUCCAAGAAACAACCAAGAUCCGCCGCUUUACCACAGUUGUUGUAAUUUUUCCUUUUUCUUUUUUGUUUUGUUUUUGUUUUUGUGCCGGAGGUGGUGGAUGUUGGGCUGGGAUUGUCCAUGUAAGUUUAUAAAUGAAUCCGAGUCUAAUUUAGUAGUAAA